AUGGAUUCUAUUGUGUCCUCGAACAAUUCCUCAAUUGCAAAUAAGGAUCUCGAAGUCGUCGACGUCGAUCGGCAUAGCGUAGAUUAUCAACCAAGUGUUUGGGCCGAAUACUUCCUCAAGCACCCUUUUUUAACUCAGACACACAAGAAAUCUGAGACAUGGAUUAAACAAAGGGUCGAUGAACUAAUCAAGGAAGUAAAAGUUAUGUUACACAAUAUUGCCGCUGAUCCUCCCUCACAAAUGGACAUGAUUGAUUCUCUACAACGCCUCGGGGUGGCUUAUCACUUUGAAGAGGAGAUUACCGAGUCACUAAGCAAGCUCAAUGAGAACACUCUAAGUGAUCAUGGAGAUCUGAAUGCAACCGCACUUCGAUUCCGAUUAUUGAGACAGCAUCGCUACUAUGUUUCCUGCGAUGUUUUUAACAAGUUUAGAGAUGAAAAGGGGAGUUUCAGCUCAUCUUUGCAAAGUGAUGUCAAGGGCUUGCUUAGCUUAUAUGAAGCAGCUUAUCUCGCUUUGCCUGGAGAGGAGUUGUUAGACGAAGCAAUCAUCUUCACUACUACUCACUUGAAGUCCCUCGUAGACAGACUCGAAAAACCUCUUGCGAAGAAGGUACUACAUGCUCUCGAAGUUCCUUCGCAUAGGAGAAUGAAGAGGCUAGAAGCAAGGCUUUAUAUCUCUCUAUAUGAAGACGAUGAUGAGGCGCGCAAUGACGUCAUACUCGAACUUGCUAAGUUAGACUUUCACCUAUUACAGUCACUUCACCGCGAAGAGGUCAAGAAUCUGUCAUUGUGGUAUCACGACCUCGGUGUGAAGACAAAGUUAACGUAUGCGAGGGACAGGAUGGUGGAAUGCUAUUUUUGGGUACUAGGAGUAUACUAUGAGCCAUACUACUCGAGGGCUAGAAUGAUGAUGGCUAAAUUCAUGAAGUUGUUCUCGCUAAUAGACGAUACAUAUGAUAGCUAUGGCACGCUAGAAGAGCUCCAACCAUUGACAGAUGUUAUUCAGAGAUGGGAUGAGAAGGCCGCUGCAGGGUUAGGAGAAUGCUACGAACUCCUUAUUCGUGUGUUGUUUGGAACAGUGAAGGAAAGUGAGAAAGAGUUAGCGCCCGAAGGGAAAUCAUACCGCGUGAACUACAUCGUAGAGAUGAUUAAGAAGGGAACUCAGGGGAUGCUUCAGGAGACAAAAUGGCGAGAUGAAAAAUAUGUACCACCAUUACAGGAUCAUCUUCAGAUAACCCUAUUUACUUGCUUAUACAUGGCACUUGGUUGUGCUUCUUUCUUGGGCAUGGGACCAGAAGCCACAGAAGAGGCAUUCAAGUGGGCAUCAAGCAACCCUAAAAUCGCGAAGGCCAUCGCAACGAUCUGCCGUCUCCUUGAUGAUGUUGUAGGCCAUGAGUUUGAGACAGGUAGAAACAAUGUUGCAACAGCAGUAACCUGCUACAUGAAAGAAAACAACGCAUCACUCGAAGAGGCGAGCGAAACUCUUCUGAAGAUGAUCGAAGAUGCGUGGAAAGAUACAAAUCACGAGUACUUGAAGUUGACUUGCUUACCAACUUCCUUACUCAUGCCAUACGUCAAUCUUGCGCGCAUGAUGGAAAUUCUUUACAGAGAGUGCGACAAAUACACGAAUGUUCAUCUGCUGAAAGAAUACAUUGAGCUGGUGUUAGUCAAACCUAUCUCAUUCUGAGGAGGUUUCUCAUGAGUUAAC